CUAAGAACAAUCUCCUCUCCUCUUCUCUUUUCUUUACUAUUGUUCGCAUUCUCCUCUCCUCUCACACAAUGGCUCAGUCCCCGCAAGAUCUUAAGGUGGCCAUUUUGGGCGCAGGUAUGGGUGGUCUCACCUGCGCUCUGGCUUUGGCCCGGGAGGGUUUCAAGAAUAUCGAUGUCUAUGAGACGGCGCAUGACCUGGGCUUUGUUGGAGCCGGUAUCCAACUUGCCCCCAACAUGGCCCGCGUCCUCGACCGUUUGGGUGUGUGGAAGCAGAUUGAGGCCGAGGCUGUCAACAUUGUUGAGACCAGCGUCCGGGUUGGAGCGACGGAUGCGGAAUUGGCGCACGUACCGCUGGAAUACAUUGCGGAUACGUAUGGCUACCCGCACAUGGUUGGACACCGUUCCUCCCUCGCCAACGGCCUCUACCAGGGCUGUCUUCGCCACCCCGACGCCAUUCGCUUCCACUUUGCGACCACCGCCCAAGAUGUCACCUUCGGCUCCAAGCCGUCCUUCAAGGCCGUUCCCCGCGACACCGCCCAGGAGCCCUACCGCGUCGAAGCCGACGUCCUCCUCGGCGCCGACGGCAUCAAGUCCAACACGCGGGUUGCCAUGCUCGACCUGCUCGGCAUCCAGGCCGGCGUCAAGGACACCAACCAGGCCGCGUACCGGAUCAUGAUCCACAAGGACCAGGUCAAGGACGACCCGGAGCUGCUGGCGCUGAUCAGCGGCAACAAGGUCACGCGCUGGAUCGGCGAGAAGCGCCACAUCAUCGCCUACCCGGUCUCCAACAACACCAUCUACAACCUCUCGACCACCCAGCCCGACAUCAACUUCGCCGCGGCCACCAACGCCACCUACACCACCCGCGGCGACAAGUCCGUCAUGCUGCAGGUCUUCGGCGACUUCUGCCCCAUGGUCCAGCGCAUGCUCGGCUACGUCCCCGAGGGCGAGGUCUGCGAGUGGAAGCUGCGCGUCCACGAGCCGCUGCCCACCUGGGUGCAUGAGUCGGUCGCCCUCGUCGGCGACUCCUGCCACCCGACCCUCCCCCACUUGGCCCAGGGCGCCGCGCAGGCGAUUGAGGACGGCGCCGUCAUCGGCAAGGUCCUGGCCAAGCUGCCCGACACCACCCCGGCCUCGAUCCACAAGGCCCUCAAGGUCUACGAGAAGAUCCGCAAGAACCGCGCCUACGCCCUCGUCGAGCUGGCCGCCGCCUCCGGCCGCGCCCUGCACCUCGGCGACGGCGCCGCCAAGGAGGAGCGCGACAAGCAGUUCGCCGCCCUCCGCGAGGGCAAGGGCCCCGUCCCCGACAAGUGGGCCGACGCCGACGUCCAGCGCGAGAUCUAUGGGGUCGAUGUCACCCAGGAAGCCACGGAGCGCUUCGAUGAGCUGUUCUUGGCGGCGUAA